AGCCCACAAAUUGAAGGCCAUCCACGGUGAAGCAACAGUAGCCCUACAUCUGUCUGGUGAAAAUUGUUGCCAUCAAGGCUCAAGUUCAUCUAACCUCAAAUUGUUACUCUCUUCAGUAGUAUGUCCUAAUUACUUUCAAGAUCUACUUAGUAACAACCACAUGAUCAGUCCACUCAUAUUAUGUAUAAAUAUAAACUCUCUUAUUGCUCCUAGAAUAUUUACAAGUCAACUAGCCCUCAUCUCGUUGCCUUCUUUUUCUCAGAUCUGCUCUAGUCUUAUUACCACAUUUUUGUCUGCAUCUUCAUUUGAAUAUUUGUUUUAUAACCAAAGACAGGAAUCUUUGGUGCAUUACGGACAGCACAGAUAGAUUUCUGCUGCGUUGUCCAUUUGACCAGAAAUCUUGUCUCAAGCACAGUUACACUCAAGAUUCCACUUUCUAUAUAGUAAUUAAUAAUUCCACCCUAACAUGCAGAUCCUUAUUCAAAAGCUCUUCAAGAAUACAAAUGAGUAUACUACUUCUAGCCAUUCUAUUAGCAAGAAAGAAACUGUCAAUCAUCAGAAGGCGAAAUCAAAAGAGAUCGUGUUAUUUGGGAUCUGUCGAGGGAAUAGUAGUAGAAAAAGCGGUGAUAAAAGCAGAUCAAGAAGCAAAAACUUUAAUAUAUUCAACAUAUUGUGCAGGAAGGAUAUUUCGAAGGAGUAUUUUUACAGCACAGUUAAGCUAAGGAGGGUUGGAAGUUACCAUAGAAGCCAAUAUUUUGAAUAUUGCAUGAAGAUGAAAAAGGAGAAUCAUACACGAGGAUUAAGCAUCUCUCACAAGGAAGAUUCAUCAGUAACAGAAAAUCAUGUUGGAAAUACACAAAUUUUGCCUGUUACUGAUUCUGCACCAUCAUCGUCGUCACUAAACAAUAAAGAUCGAUGCUCUGGUGCAGAAGUGAGAGAAAAAUGUAAGGGGGAUAAAGCCAAGACCAUCUCUAAGAUGAAAGAGCUACUAAGAUGGGCUGCUGCUGCCAAAUCUGACAAGGGAAGCAAAUACAUAGCCAGUAAGGUAUUCAAAUUCCGGAACAGGGCAGCAUUGAAAUCAGUACCAGAUGAUGAUCAACUGAGUAAUGAUUCCCCCAAAAUCAGCUUUAGAUGGGAUGUUGAAAGUUGCUCCACAACAUACUCUGCCAUGUCAAUGCCUGAUUCCUCCACAAAGAACGAACAAUCCAUUCAAAUCAACUUUGCUUCUCUAAACUCAACUCCCGUCCACAUAAAUCAAUGCCCAAAAUUGAACUGGAUCACCACUGACUCUGAAUUUGUGGUGCUGGAGCUAUGAAGACUAAGAAGUAAAAGGCGAUCUAUAUAUCACCAAUAAAUUGCGCGUUCGAUCUGGCCUGUGCAGUAAUUGAUCAGUAGCAAGAAAUUUGAACCUAUCGGCUAUCAGAUGUAAUGAUUAAGAAGUCUUGAGGGCAGAUUAAUGUAACAUUAAUUCCAAUUAAGAAUUUUUGAGGGCAGAUUAAUGUAACAUUAAUUCCAAUAUUAUGAAGGUUGUCUAUAGUGUUGGAUUCAAAA